UACAAUUACCUCUGAUGCGUGCCGAUAGUACUGUUAGUCCCAAGAAGGAAGUACAUCACUAUUCCUUUGUGUACAUCGCCCAUCCCCGCGCCGUCACAGGUUUCUCUUGGAGGAAAACAAGCAAGUACAUGCCGAGGGGCUCGGUGGCCAACAUGCUUGUGACAUCCUGUGCUGAUAAUGUCUGUCGACUGUGGUGUGAAACCAUCCUUCCUGAUGAUGGACUCGUUGACCUUGAACAAUUUGAUCCUGCCACGACCUCCGAAAGAAAGUUUCAUACUCACCGACAUAAAAAACGCUUCAUGCAACGUCUUAAAACCAUCAGACACGCCAUUCACAAGCGGAGAAAGCAUCAUAAGUUUGGCCCUGACACGUUGAUGAGUAUGGCGAACCUAUCCAGCAUUAACAGUGUAGCCAGUAUUCACGAUUUCCACAAGUUUGCCCUCCACAACAACGGUGUAGCUCCGCCUCUACACUUCCACUUAGCCGCGAGUAUCAACCCAGAAACAG